UUUCCUGACAGUCAGCUGCUGCAGGAAAGUCUCCACAUAGUUUGACAGCAACUUUCUCAACCUACUUGUAUCGAGGGUUAACUGAGUGGAAACUCUUUUCCUGCCUGACUAUUAGAUCCUUGUGUGGAGUCGCGACCUCCAGCUCCAGCUCGGAUUGAUCCGGACAAAGGCGAAGCGGAGACUUUCCGAGCAACUCUCUGUCGGAAUGAGUCUGAACGAGCACUCGUUACAGGCUCUGUCCUGGAGGAAACUCUACCUGAGCCGAGCCAAGCUGAAGGCCACCAGCCGGACUUCGGCUCUGCUCUCCGGCUUCGCCAUGGUUGCUAUGGUGGAGGUCCAGUUGGAACCAGAGCAUGAGUAUCCUCCCGGGCUGCUCAUAGCCUUUAGUGCCUGCACCACAGUUCUGGUUGCAGUUCACCUCUUUGCCCUCAUGAUCAGCACCUGCAUCCUCCCUAACCUUGAGGCUGUCAGCAACGUUCACAACCUCAACUCCGUCCACGAGUCUCCCCACGAGCGGAUGCACCACCACAUAGAACUGGCCUGGGCUUUCUCCACAGUCAUCGGCACCCUCCUCUUCCUUACGGAGGUGAUGCUCCUGUGCUGGGUGAAGUUCUUACCCCUCAGAAGCAAAUCAGAAGUAAACGGCACCAUAAGUUCUGGCCAGGCCGCGGCCAUCGCCUCCACUUGCAUCAUGGUGCCGUUUGGAAUAGUCUUCAUUGUGUUCGCCGUCCACUUUUACCGCACGCUCGUUAGUCACAAGACGGACCGACAGAUCCGAGAGCUGGAGCAGGUCAUUCGGCUCCAGGACCAGCUGGACCACCGGCCGGAGAAUGAAGAGCUGAAGUCAGUUGCUAAUUUCCCUUGAUCACAGCCAGACAGCACACAGCAAUAUUCAGCAGUACUUUUAUUGUGAAAUCUCCUCUUAUAGCUUUUGAUGAACUGUGCUCAGCUGCUUUUUUUCUGAAAUUGCAAGCCUUAUCUGUCCAGCAUUUCAGGUCAAGCCCCUUUCGGAUAAUGCAUGAUCACAGACAAACAAUGGCAGUAAAGUAAAAGUGCACUUCUUUGUCAGGCCAGAAAUUCUUUUCAGUGUUUGUGUGAAUUAAUUCCGUUGAAAAGGUCUUACCAGGGUAUUUUAUGUGGGGAGUUUGCAAGCUCUCCCUAUUAUUGCCUGAGUUUAUCUGGGUACACUGGUUAUCUUCCACAGUCCAAAGACAUGCUUGCUAAAUUAGUUGGCGAGUCCCUAAUUGCCAGUAGGCGUGAAUGUGAGUGUGAAUGGUUCUCUUCAUUAUCUGUGCUGUGAUAGGCUGUCCAGGUACCCCACCUCUGACCCAACGAUUCUUAAACGAUAAGCAGUCUUAUAAUGAAUGGAUAUUCAGUUACAUUAGAAACUCUGUCUGCUGGCUUCAAAACCAAAGUUAUAGAACGAGCUGCUUCCUUGUCAAACAUUUAUUAGUCCUAAGGUUUGGUUGUUAUACACAUGUUCAUCCUCACUGAAUUUAAUGGUUGCUUGUAAGAACCUUUUAUUAUCCCCUAGUUAUCGGUUGUGUCAAAGCUUUGCUGAUUUUCCCUUAUGAGUUUUUUUUUUGUCUCCUGAACAAUUGAAACCUUGCUAUUAGUAUAAUUAUCUUUUUGAAGAUAUGUAUGCAUAGGAAAAUUCAGAUCUGAACAAAGACAUGGUUUAGGACUUUAACAAUAAAAGCAAAUGUAAAGUAAAUGAAUGGCACUUACAGCAACCUUUAAAAUGCUACAGUGUAAUCUUUUUGUAAAAACUUUUGUUUUUAGUACCACAAAGUACCAUUCGUUAACACCCAUGCAUUUAUAAACAUAGGACCCAGAUUGAAAAAUACCAAAAUUGUGCUUAAAUGUUAACAUCUACCAGUUUUUAUGUGCAAUAUGAGGCAACAGGGACAUUGCUUAAAACAAAUGCUGGUCAGGGAAAUUCUUUGCAAUGUGUGUUAUUGCAGUGAACAUAUUUUUAAAGCAACAGUUAAAGUUAGGAAACAGAUAACAUUAAAGACAGCAUUUUAUGCCAAUGGUUGCGUCUCUUUAGGACCAUUUUUUUCUUUCACAGUCUCUUUUGAAGUUCCAAAUGACCUCAAAUGGCUUUUGGCAAAUGUUGGUUAUAAAUAUGUAUGUUUUGUACUUUGAAUAGUUUACAGACUUGAGCAUGUUCACAGGUUGUUAAGGGUUAAAGUGUGGAAUAUAGGGUUUGUUCUUUUUGUCCUGUGGCACAUUGUUGAAUUGUUUUACUUGGGUUUGAACAUUUUCUUUUCUUUUUCUCUCCAUUGAUGCCAAAACUCAAAUGAAGGAAUGUGAACUUUUAGAGUUGAAUGGUGAUUUAUGCAGAAUGUCGUAUCCCUAAAUAUUAUUAAAUUAGUAAAAUCCCUCUUAACAUGAUUGUAAAUAUAUAAAUAUAUAUAGAAUGAAUCUUUAUUUUGGCUUUUUUUCAACAAAUUGCACAAUUUUGUGAUUUUGGACUCUUAACCAGAGGCUGUAUUUAAACCAAGGCAAGGAUGUGGUUAUCAUUGCAACAUCAGUUUUAGUCUUGGCACAGUCAUCUUGGUGGUGAACACAAUACUACUGUGUUUCUAUGUAGUAUGCAAAUGAGUAAUAAAGGGUAAGUAACUUACUGGCUGAUUAGUAAAAAAAUGAUCACACUAUACCAAAUCAUUGUUGAUUGGGUUUCUUGAAGACUUUUUUGUUACAAAGAAUUAAAUAAAGACAGAACUGCUGUCACUCUGAAGCACUUCUGAUGAGAAUGUUCUGCGUGGGGCUUCUUUACAAACAGAUCAAUGCAAACAAAAGCAUGUUUCUUUGUUACAUUUUUUUGUGGCUUAUUUAUUUAAUUAUUUGUUUGGUACUGUAUAUAGAGAGUUUGCUGGUUCUCUGCAUGCACGGCUUUAAAAAGUGAAUUAUCUGUAGAUACUGUAUUUUAAGUUUAAGCAGCUGAAGAAGCUUUUUGGGAUUCUGUUUUCAGUUUGAAUAAAAAACACAACA